UCAGCUUGUUUAUUCAGUAACUUGUGAGCUUUUGUGCUGAUUUAUAUUGACACAACAAUCAAAAAUGAAAAUAUUCGCUGUUAUCUUAGCUGUUUGCUUCGUGGGUGCUCUAGCUGAGCUCACUGAAGAACAAUUGGCUAAGCUCCGCGAACACAGAACAGCUUGUGUAACCGAAACUGGUGUUGAAGAAGACAAAGUUUCCAAAGCCAAGGAGGGCGAAUGGAUGAUGGACGACCUCAAACUUCGGUGUUUCUUCUCUUGCAUGCUGAAGAAAAUCAGCGUCAUGAAUGAGGAUGGAACAUUUAACGAAGAGAAAGCUCGCAAAAGGAUAGCCAACGAUUUGCCAGAAGACAAAAUCGACGCUGUCAUAACGAAAUGCAAAGACAUUAGUGGUGGUGAUGAGUGUGAGACCGCCAUGUUGAUGAUGAAGUGUUAUGCUGAAGAAAAGGCCUUCACUAAAAUUAUAACUGAAAAGAGCGCUUAAUUAAUUUCUUUUUUCUCCAUAUAAAUACACAACUUUGCCAAUUAAUUAUGAUUACUGUAUAUCUUAAUUUUUGUUUGUUUUAUAAAACAUUAGCUUACACAAUAAAUGAGUCGACAUUUUCGCUCUAAAUUUGA